CUCGCGUCCUGCCGCAGUCUCUCCGCUGCUAGCCUAGGCGAGCGCGAGGGAGGAGACCCCCUCCCGGGCACCGCGCCUGCAGCCGCGGUGACUCCCACCCGCGACCGCGGGACCCUGACUCUCAAGCGCCUCCCGCAGCCUGCGUGGGGCAGCGUGGGAGGGCUCUCCGGUCUCCGAGGCCGGAUUGCGAACUUGGAGGGGACCGCGGCUCUCUCCCCGGCCUGGAGAGUGAACAGGACUGUGACCUCUUCUGUGACUGAUAAUGGAACAGGGAAACUAAAGGCUGCCACCAAAACCGUCUGCUCACAUACUGACUCUGAACCCUAGAGGCUGCCACCAGUACCAUGGCCAAGAGUGCAGAGGUCAAACUGGCCAUAUUUGGGAGAGCAGGCGUGGGCAAGUCAGCGAUUGUAGUGAGAUUUCUGACCAAACGAUUCAUCUGGGAAUACGAUCCAACACUCGAAUCGACCUACCGACACCAGGCGACCAUCGACGAUGAAGUUGUUUCUAUGGAGAUCCUAGACACCGCUGGCCAGGAAGACACCAUCCAGAGGGAAGGGCACAUGCGCUGGGGGGAAGGCUUCGUGCUGGUCUACGAUAUCACGGACAGAGGAAGCUUUGAAGAAGUGCUGCCGCUGAAGAACGUCUUAGAUGAAAUCAAAAAGCCCAAAAAUGUAACUCUCAUCUUGGUCGGAAACAAAGCCGACCUGGACCACUCCAGGCAAGUGAGCACAGAGGAAGGGGAGAAGCUGGCUACAGAAUUGGCCUGUGCCUUUUACGAAUGUUCCGCCUGCACGGGAGAAGGGAACAUCACGGAGGUAUUCCAUGAGCUCUGCCGAGAGGUGCGCCGCAGGAGGAUGGUGCAAGGAAAGACAAGGCGGCGCAGCUCCACCACUCACGUCAAGCAGGCGAUCAACAAGAUGCUCACCAAAAUCAGCAGUUAGAGGCCCUGCCAAGGUGGGCCGAAAAGUGGGAAGUCCCUCCUGGCUCUUAUUUUGCCCUUCCAAACACGAGCGAAAUAUCCUCCUCCUUAUUCUGACUUUGUCAGGGUUUCUCGUGGUUCCCCGUCAGCCAUAUGCUGGGAAGUCUUCUGGGUCCCAUGCUAUGGCGCUCUCUCCCUUUCCUGCUUGCGUAGGAUCCGUGCUAAUGUAGUUUGAAGAUGUAACCACCAAAGACGCUGAAGUGGCUGGGUUCGUGGAAGCUAAUUUUAGGCAUCUCUCCCUUGCUAAGCUCGUCUUUCCAAAGGGAUUUUAAGAUCCGGUUUCUUGAGGAGGAAUACAAAGAUCACCAUAAGGUUUUGUGAUGGCUGGUGAGAACUGGAGAAGGGUAGCUGGGCUAUUGGAAUGGGGAACAUAACUCUAGUUCCCAUUUGAAGUGAGGGUUUUUUUUUUUCUUUUUAUUGUUAUUGUACUUAAAUUAUGCAGUUUUUCUUUAUUUCCUUUUUAGGUUGAAAUGUCAUCAUGGAAUUUUGUUUUGUGGUAUAAUUGUCCAUUUCAAUUCAAGUUGGUUUGCUCAAUGAUCUAUAGCAGUCUGUACACCCCGAUUCUAUUAUCAUUCCUAAAUAACAACAACAACAAACCACCCAAGACCCACUAUUCAAACCGUGCUGUAGCUUUGCCCCUCCAACCUUGGGUGAUCAACAACUACACCAACAAAAACACCAAGAUCUUUGUACCAAAGCUUGAAUCCACUGCAUGUUAGUAGAGGAAUUAUAAUUAGAGACGCCUGGUUUGUAUAUUACUCUAUUAGCACUGUAGCACAAAGGUAACCCUCUAAGUGAGAAAAUUAUGACGCUUACUUAUUCCUCGCUGGAAACCAAGACUGAACCUCACGCAGUCAGGAAGAGCCAGCCUCUGAUUCAGUAAGUUGGCCACAUGUCUUCUUAACCUUUCAACCUUUGGGUAAGAGUAAUUCACUUGGGGGAAUGCGGAGAAAGAAUGGAUGAUUAAAAUGCAUCAUACCUGAGUGAGUGUGUACGGCGUGGAUGCUUGGCUGGUGAAAGGGUUAUGUAACUGCCAAGAGUUGAUGGCCCUUUUCUCCAUUUCCUGCCCCAUAUAGUAAGAUUUGGGCACUUUAUUUUAGAAGAAAAUAUAUAUCUUUUACAUAUGUAUGUAUUUAUAUGUAUAAAAUUUGUAAGCAUUGGAGGCUUUAAUUCACCAACAUAUUUGAACAAUCUGAUGUAACUGACUUCGUUUUA